CUCGGCUUCUUCGUGCUCUCUCAGAGGUGGGUUGGCUUCUCCUCCCCCUCCGGUUCGGUUCGGUUCGGUUCGGGUUCGUGAGGUGUUCCGGUUCGGGGGUGAGAGGCAGAGAUGGCGGCGUCGGAUGUUGAGUACCGCUGCUUCGUCGGCGGCCUCGCCUGGGCCACGGACGACAACUCGCUCCACAACGCCUUCAGCCCCUUCGGCGAGGUCCUGGAGUCCAAGAUCAUCCUCGAUCGCGAGACCCAAAGGUCCCGCGGCUUCGGCUUCGUCACGUUCGCGAGCGAGCAGGCGAUGCGCGACGCCAUCGAGGGGAUGAACGGCAAGGAUCUCGACGGCCGCAGCAUCACCGUCAACGAGGCCCAGUCCCGCAGCGGCGGCGGCGGCUACGGUGGCGGCCGCGGCGGCGGCGGGCGCUACGGCGGCGGUGGUGGCGGCUAUGGCGGCGGUGGCUACGGCGGCGGCGGCGGCGGCUACGGUGGCCGUGGAGGCGGCGGCUACGGUGGCCGUGGAGGCGGCGGCUACGGCGGCGGCGGCGGCGGCGGCUACGGCAACCGCGGCGGCGGCGGCUACGGCAACUCUGAUGGGAACUGGAGGAACUGAGCGGUGGGGCCCGCGUGGCCAAGUUAUCUUGUCGCUACUACUGUUACCAGAGUUAUCCCUAUGUGUCUAGUGUCUUCGUCGUCGUCUCCGACCUGUGUUCGUCUUCUGUUUCCUGUUGUUGCCCAUCUGUGUUUUUGAUCGCAAGCUUGUUCGUCGUGUCUGUCGUCAGAGCUAUCCUCAUCUCCAAACAUCCCAUGAACCGGGUGUUGGGAUUGGGAUGCUGUUAUCCUCGUGAAACUUUGUUACCAUCCGUUUUUAAGUUAAUCAGAUGAAAAAAAAAUGGUGCUGCUUGGUGCUGCAAA